GCUCCAAAUUCUUCAACACCCACCUGCAUCAUGGCUUCCACACAGGCACCCAACAAUCCCGAUACCCUCGCCCACGUUCAAAAGUUCUGGGAAGCCAGGAAGCCUCGCAGCCCCGUCUACCAGUUUCUGCUUGACGACAUCAAGCUGAUCUAUGCUUCGAAAGGUGUCGUGCGAGCGCGGCUCUUGCUGACUAAGAACCACGUCAACACACACGGCGGCAUUCACGGGUCAGUGUCUGCUACACUCAUUGACUGGGUCGGCGGGAUUGCAAUUGCAGCAUGGGACAACCGCGACAAGGCUGGCGUGUCGACGGACAUUCACAUCUCAUAUGUGAGCUCAGCGAAGGACGGCGACUGGGUAGAGAUCGAGGGCAAGUGCGACAAGGUUGGAGGCACACUGGCGUUCACGACGGCUACGAUAUGGAAAGUCGUCGAUGACCAGCCAGGGCCUGUGGUUGCCACAGGAAGUCACACAAAGUUUGUGAAGGUUUAGGUGAGGGGUCACGCUGUCUUCUUUGAGGUCUCGUCCGCGCUCCAUGGAUGAUCGAACUCCACUCGGAUUGCGAAGAUUGACGGCGCCUGAACUGGACGCCUCUGUGAUAGCCGCUUGGCUCUGGGGUUUGAACGGUGAUAGCGCCUACAUCUACAAGGUACAAACAUAUCUCAAUGAAGGGCAUCUGCACUCAUCAAA